UUCAUUGGAGGCUCCACUGAUGAUAUCACCUAACAUGGUGAUGAAACAUCUGAAUGAGAACAAGCCAGCUCAGCGAGCAAGACAACAACCUCAGUAAAUACAUGUCUCCAGGAAAAACGGCAGCUACAAAUGCCAUUCAAGAAGUCAACAACUCACAACAACCUUCGGAACUCACUCCGCCUGCCACAAGCAACUGCAGAGGUUGACAAUGGAGAUUCUGCACUUCAGCCCAGGGAAACCACUAACAUGAAGACACAGACUGUUGCCUCUUAUUUCAGGUUUUCUCUCAUGGAUCUGCUAUCCAAGAUGGUGGGUGGUCUCCCUCAUUUUGUUCGUUGCAUUAAACCCAACAAUGAUCGCCAUGCUAAGAAAUUUGAUCAAGAAAAGGUCCUGGUCCAGCUUCGUUACACGGGAAUUUUGGAGACAGCCCGAAUCAGAAGACAAGGAUAUUCACACCGCGUUCUCUUCGCCAAUUUCAUUGAACGGUACUAUAUUCUUGCAUUUAAGUCGACUGAAGAACCACCAGUGAAUCCUGAUACAUGUGCUGCCAUCUUGGAAAAAUCUAAACUCGAAAACUGGGUUCUGGGGAAGACCAAGGUGUUUCUUAAAUAUUACCAUGUGGAACAGCUUAAUCUCAUGAAGAAAGAAAUCAUAGAUCGUAUAGUGCUGGUACAGGCCUAUGUGAAAGCCUGGCUUGGAGCUAGAAGGUACAGAAGGAUACAAGAGAAGAGGCAACGGAGUGCUGUUGCCAUUCAGUCAGCUUAUAGAGGGCACAAGGUGAGGAAGAACAUUGCUUCUGAAAAACAGAAGCUAGAACAGGAGAUCACUAAAAUCCAAGCGGCUGCAAGAGGAUACCUGUGCAGAAAAGAAUACAAAGAGAUGAUGGAGGAAAAGAGAAAUGCUGCCGUUAAAAUCCAGGCUCACUACAGAGGCUAUGUGGACAGGAGGAACAUCAACAACAAAAUAGGGUAUGACACCAAUAUCUCUGACCAAGAAAGGAACAUAAUAGAGAGUGACAGAAUCAAGAACAAUCAAGCAUCCAAUAAAAGCAUUAAAGACAAACUUGGGGAAAAUAUGGGAAGAACACCAUUGGGCAAUGCCACAACCAUGUCGGAUGUGAAAGGUGAAGAAGGCGGAAGCCCAAAAGUUAUUCAUGGCAACCAAGAAAAACAAAGGGAGGAAGAUGACACUAAAGCUGCGAUUGUUAUUAAAAGCAAUUAUCGAGGUCACCAGGAAAGAAAAAGACAACAAGAGAACAAGGUACCUGUUAAAACAAAAGAAAUCAAAGUGUCAAACAAAGGAAUUCAGAAACCACACUUUGUAGCUAAUGGGGAUCCAAAUGAAGAACCAGGUGCCUCAGGUAUUCAGAGCAAGACCAGGGAACAUAAAAGCCUAAAGGAGAAGGGGAAAUUAGGUGGCCAUGGAGAUUUGACAAUCAAAGACAAAUCCACAACAAUCAGUUCAAAGGAGGAUGAAGAACACACAGCAGUCAAAAUUCAAAGCAAUUACAGAGGCUUUAAGGAAAAAAAACAAAUUGAAGAGAAUACUAAGAGAGAAGGGGAAAUGUUUGCUACCUUUUCAAAGCAGAUAACAAAACGUUCUGAGGAAUUCUUGAUGGCUCAGAAGAAGCUGAAUGAGGUUCUUGGCUCACAAUAUCUAACGUUUAAAAACCAGAAUCCACCACUUGAGAAAAAACUACCAGAGAAAAACCCACCAAAUCAGAAUUCAUCACCAGGUCCAAAUAAAGGAUCUGAUCAGAAACAGCAAAGAACCCCCAGGCGAACACAACCACCAAAGACAUUAAAUACACCUGAAGACAGCACCUACUACAACCUCGUUCACAGGUCUGUGCAAGAUGGGAAGAGAAGACCUCGGAAAGACAGCCAAGUCAAGUUGCUGGAUGCAGAUGAUCGUUACUACAAGCAAAUUACACCCAGUGAUUCACUCUCCAAGGAGAAUCAUGUUGAAGCAACAGGGAGAAUGCCACCUGCACAAGCCAGAUCCACAACACCCAACCAUUCCAACAGCUCAUCAGCUCCAAAAGAAGGCUGUCAAGAUGAAGAUAACCCAUAUGACUAUAGGAAAUUGCUACGAAAAACGUCCCAAAGGAAUCGUCUUAUUGAGCAGUGUUAACUUUUAACCUUGCGGUUUUUUAAAUUAUGUACUGUUUACAUACAUUUCUGGAACUCUCCUAUAAGCUCACUAUUGUACAUAUGUUCAUACUGUGCAGUAACAGCAAUAACACUUGUGUUAGUAGGUUACUUGAGUGUAAUCUAGGAGUAAAAUGUUUUGUGUUGAAUCAUUAUCUGAAACUUUCCUUUGAGCAUAUUUAAUGUUCUUUGUGAAAACAUAAAGCCAAAUAUUAAUUUUUCCAUAU